AUGAUGAUGACGUGCCGUCUGCUGUGCGCCCUGUUGGUGCUUGCCCUCUGCUGCUGCCCGUCCGGGUGCGCAUCAGAGGCAGCGAGUGGGCCUGAAGGGUCUUCGAAUAAGACCACGACGACGACCACAACAAAACCACCGACUACGACAACGACGACCACAACACAGGCACCAACCACUACGACCACCACUACAACACAGGCACCAAGUACUACGACUACAGAGGCGCCAGCUGUGUCGACCACCCGCGCACCGUCACGUCUUCGCGAAAUGGACGGCAGCCUCAGCAGCUCUGCGUGGGUGUGUGCCCCGCUGGUGCUCGCCGCAUCCGCGCUGGCGUACACCACUCUGGGCUGA